AUGGCCCGGAAGCAGGGUGGUCAGCAGAGCUGUGAACACACGCACAAGCCACGCGCUGGGCACCGGCCACCACCGCCCGGGGGGAACCGGCCGGGCGAGGAGGCGCGAGGCGGCCCCCUGUCACCUGGGGACAACAGCACGCCCCGGGAGCAGGGGCAGGAGGCAGGGGGCAGGGGGAGCCUCCCCGCUCUUCCCGGGAACGCAAGCCCUCGGCGGCCGCCAGCGGCCGGGCCGCAGAGCCGGGCGCCGGGUCCCCGGGGGUGGGGGGUGGGGGGUGGGGGGUGGGGGCGCCCAGGCAGGCGCCCCCCGCAGGCCGGGCGCCCGGGAGAGCCCGCGGCCCGCCCGGCCCCGCCUCUGGGAGCCGAUGGGAGCUCGCUCCCCGCCGAGGCCCCUUCCCGCCCGGCCCGACUCACCGCCGGUGGGUCUGGUUCUCAGCCGCGAGCUGGGGCUGCCGUGAGGAGGCGGCGGAGGAGACGAGAUCCGGGGCCCCGCCGCCGGGUCAUCAUACCCCCCGCGCGAGCCGGCCCGGGCCCCGGCCCCCGCCCCCCGGAGCCGUCCCCGCGCCCGUCCCGCGGGGGGAGCCCCCUCAGCCUCCCGCCCGCUCCGCCGCCCGGCCCCUGGCCGCCGCCGCCGCCGCCGCCGCCGCCGCCGCCGCCUCAGCCCCGCGCGCUCCCGCCUCGGCCUCCCGCUGCCGUCCGGGGCCACCGCCGGGCCCCUCGCUCCGCAGCCGCCGUCGUCGCCAGACCCGACGAGCCGAGCGCCGAGCGGCCGCCCCCAUCCGGCGGCCCCGCCCCGCGGGAACCCUUCCUCAGCCCGGCGCCAUGA